AUGCGCGGUACUAUAGUUCCCGAGCAGAUCUCGACAUGGGAAUGGCUGUUCGAGCCUGGCGAAUUCUCCCCUCUGUACAAGACUCCCCGUGAACCACUGGCCGGAUAUGUCAACGCCGUGACGAAGCAGCGCCUCGACUGGGCGGCCGUCAAGACCAAGGCCACCCAGUUGAGCACCGCUCUAGUCAAGGGAUACGGGCUCCAGCCGGGCGAGACGGUUUCGUUAUUCAGCACCAACACGAUAUGGUACCCGGUCGCGAUGUGGGCCGUCAUUCGAGCCGGAGGACGAGUCAAUGGCGCGUCCCCGGCAUAUAAUGUCGAGGAAAUGACCUAUGCGCUCCGAGUCGCCAAGAGCAAGAUCCUCAUCACGCUGCCGUCUUCCUUGGAGGUGGCGCUGGCGGCGGCCCAAAACGCCGGAAUCCCUCGUGAACGUGUCUUUCUACUGGAAGGCCAGAGCGAGGGACAUCUGAGCAUACAGGAAUUGAUGGAGCGAGCGGCCAACGAUACGCCCGACCCGCCGUACCGGAUCCCGAGGGGGAAGACGAACAAGGAGAUUUGCGGCUACUUGAACUUUAGUAGUGGGACGACAGGGCUGCCCAAGGCGGUCAUGCUUUCGCACCACAAUGUCAUCGCGCAGUGUCAUCAGCUCAGACAACUCCAAGCGCCGGGCGGGUACAAGAUCCUGGCGGUGAUGCCUCUGUUUCACAUCACGGGCCUCGUCCGCUUCUGCACGUACCCGAUCUUCAUGAACGGCGACUCGGUCAUGCUCCCGUCGUUCACCAUGCCGUCGAUGCUGCAGGCGAUCGUGGAGUUUCGGAUCAAAGAACUGAUCCUCGUGCCGCCCAUCAUCAUCCGGCUCGUGCGCGACAAGAUCGUCGACGAGUACGACCUGCGGCACGUGGAGCGGUGGUCGUCCGGCUCGGCGCCCAUCUCGCCCGAGAUCAUCGGGCUGCUGCAGAAGAAGUUCCCGUGGACCGGGUUCCGCCAGGGGUACGGCGCGACCGAGAGCACGGCGUGCAUCUCGGCCCACCCGCCCAGCCACUACGACUACAAGUACGCGACCACGGGCGGCAUGCUCGUGGCGAACACGGAAGCUAAAGUGCUGGACCUGACCACGGGCCGCGAGCUGGACGUCGGCCAAACGGGGGAGAUCCUCGCGCGAGGGCCCCAGAUCGCCAUGGCCUAUCUCGACAACCCGGCGGCGACGGCCGAGACGUUCGACCAGGAAGGCUUUUUUCAUACGGGCGACGUGGGUCAUUUCGACGCCGAGGGCCUCGUCCACAUCGAAGACCGCAUCAAGGAGAUGAUCAAGGUCAAGGGCCUGCAGGUGCCGCCCGCGGAGCUGGAGGAUCUGCUCCUCGGUCACCCGGACGUCGAGGACUGUGCCGUGCUGGGCAUCCGCGACGACUAUGCCGGCGAGAGACCCAAGGCCUACGUCGUCCUCAAGCAGGGCGUGCGCGAGAGCGAGGAAGUCGGCCGGCGCUUGCUGCAGUUCGUCCGCGACCGGAAGGUGCGCUAUAAGUGGAUCGUCGAGGUCGAGUUCACGGAUCAGGUGCCCAAGAGUCCGACGGGGAAGUUGCUGCGCCGGAUCCUCAAGGUCAAGGACAAGGAGGGCACGGGUAGAGGGUUGCGGGUCAGGGAUGAGGCUGAGAGGGCCAGGUUGUGA